CUUAUAUACGGUUCUUCAGCGCAGCUCUUCUGCAAGUGUUCUGCUUCCUUCAGGCAUUCUUCUUUCAGGUCUGCACGGCUGAGUUACUUUCUCAUAUAGGGGUGAAGAAAACAGGUGGCCAAGAUGUCCGAAAAAAAGAUGUCAUCGAGCCGCCGGCACCAUCUCAAGAGUUUGGUGCUCAGCAUUGCGAAGGGCAUUAUGGAGAAAGAAGUCAUUCAGAUUAAGGUAGAUAAGGAGAAAUACCUGUCAGAAAACUGCCCCCCUCUGUCCCUGCCCGGAUCCACACAGGAACUGCAGGAGCUGUGCAAGAAACUUCACCAUCAAAUCGACAAGAUUGAUGAGGAGAGAUAUGACUUGGAGUCCAAAGUGGGCAAGGCCAACAAAGAGAUCGAGGAUCUGAAGAUCAAGGUGGUCGACCUGCAGGGCAAGUUCAAGAAACCUGCGCUAAAGAAAGUGCGUCUCUCUGCUGAUCAGAUGCUCCAGGCUCUGCUGGGCUCCAAACACAAGGUGUCUCUGGAUCUGAGAUCCAACCUCAAACAAGUCAAGAAGGAGGUCAAAGAGGAGGUUGCAGAUGUCGGCGACUGGCGUAAGAACGUCGAGGACAAGGCCGGUAUGGACGGCAGGAAGAAGAUGUUCGAGGGCGAGGCCUAAAUUCCCAGACGUUUCUUUGUUAAAUUAUCGUAGGGAUGUGUCAGAGCUGUGCGGUCAUUUAUCUUUUUGCCAUAGUCGUAUGUCUUUUCUGCUUUGAGUGCCUCAAGUGAGCAUUUGUUUCAUGCAGCAUGUAUGUCCUGAAGGGAAUUAUGUAUCAUCGCAGAGUCACUACCAUUAAACGAAUGCUUUUGAGGAAAA